AUGGGCCUUCAGUCGAAGAGGGACCAGAGGGAAUGGUGGUCGACGGACCCGUUGAUGUCCUCAUCGGUGUUCGCCAAGACGAUGACCAGGGACCGCUACGAUGCCCUGACCUCCGCGCUCCACUUCGCCGCGGAGGAUAGGCUUUGGAAGCUGCGCCCUGUGUUAGACGUCUUGGAAUCGACGUAUCGAUCCGUCUUCGUCCCGAACAAGAACGUGACCGUCGACGAGAGCUUGUGGGCCUUCAAGGGGUGUCACCACACCAUCCAGUACAACCCGAGCAAGAGGGCUCGGAGAGGGCUGAAGGUCUACAAGCUUUGCUCGUCUGACGGUCCAGAGGCAGGGUAUACGGCGGCCUUCAAGAUCUACAUGGGGCAAGACCGCGGCGUAUUUCCAUCCAGCAAGAAGGCCAUCACCGACCUGCUGGAGAAGGCAGAUCUACUCGACAAGGGGUACCAGUUACACACCGACAACGGUACACCUCCCCGACUCUCUUCCAUUACCUGCAGGCCCGGAAGACCAGUGCAGUUGGGACGGUACGUCUCAACCGGCGUGGCAUGCCCUCGGACCUGCAGCAAGGUCGUUACCCUGCCUCCCAACCGCCGAGGGGUGGAGAGGUCGAAGCCUGAAGUUGUCGUUGACUACAACAACGGCAUGAAGGGCGUUGACCUCUCGGAUCAGCUGGCGCAGUCAUAUCCAUCGACGAAGAAGACCUUCCGCAAGGAACUCGUUCGAGGAUUGCUGCAGCAAGGCGGUCCCCGUGGCUCCUUCCGGCGGAAUCCUCCUCAGGCUCGCCACGAGGAGGAAGUUACCCAGCAGGCACACUUGCCAGUUGACACACCGCAUCGUCGGUGGCGUCGGUGUGUGCUCUGCUGGAGGAACCACCGGCGCAGGAGGGAGACCAGGGUGAUGUGCAGUUGCUGCGGCACCUCACUCUGCCCAACACC